ACUUUUCUCUCUCUCUCUCUCUCUAGAGAAGAAAAUCAACUUAAAGCUCACAACUUCAAUAGGAUAGAAAAGAAAAAAAACAAUAUUUUUUUCUCGUUUUCUAUUAUUAUUAAUUAUUAAUUAAUUAAUUAAUUAAUUUAUUUCGCUGUCCCCCACUCUCUCUCUAGAUUUGGUGCUCCUAAGAGGAAGCCCUAGUGUGAUUUCAAGUUUAUCUGCGUGCUGCGUCUUGGUUUAUUCGAUAUAUCAGGGGAGAUUUUGUCUGGAAAUCAAAAUGACAGCCAGUUAGGGUUUUUAGAGGCCUUUUCAUUUUAUCAGGAGCAAGAGGUUGGAUUUUUUACCUACUGCCUCUUCUAUUUGGUAUGCUAUGUGCAUUUCAGCUAGAAAUAAUAGACAAAGAGACGGGUAUAUACAGAAACUCUAGUUAGUCUAUGUGUUGUUUUAUAUGAAAUGGCAUCUAAAGGAAGGCUGUUAUUUGAUCUUAAUGAACCCCCCACUGAGGAUGAUGAGGAAAAUGAUGGUGUUUCUAGCUCCCAGCCUCAGAGAGCGGUUCCUUCUUCCAGUAAUCACACUUCUGACUUUUUUGCAGCCUCUUCGGGUCCUCAAAGGAUAGUUAACAACCAUGCCUUUUCACAUGCAUCUUCUUUAUCGGUGUUUCAGCCUUUUGUACGUCUAAAAAGCUCUGAGGCUACAAAACCUUUUAAUGAACAAGAGAAUAGUAGUGGGGAUACGGCAUUAAAUGUAGGUCCAUCAUUGAUAAGUAAUGGAAAGGAACAUCAUAAUAUUACUGGGAAUACGACAUUAAAUGUACAUUCAUCAUUGAUAAGUAAUAGUCAGGAUAUGAAGGCUGUGCUCCACCCAAAUUUGAGCUUUGUAGGUACACAAGUUAUUGAGAAAGAGGAAGGUGAAUGGACUGAUGCAGAGGGAUCUCCAGAUAUAUGCAGAAAUUCUGAAAUCCAUGAACAUCCAAGUUCUGUGGAUGAUAAAGUUCAAGAGGAGAAAAGUACUGUUGAUAAGGUUAACAAAAGUGAAAAUGUUGUUUCUGUGAAGAGUAUUUCUCAAAGCAUUGAAAACAUGAAGGAUGAAAAUAGCAUUGCUCCCCCCCUAGGACCUGAUAAAGACACAAAUGAAGGGAAAAACAGUAAUAGCCGAAAUUCAGAAAGCAAUGGCAAAGGUGACAACUCUAUGGAAGGUCAAGAGGACACUAGCUUGAUGCCAAAGCAAAGAGAAAUUCGAGGAGUUGAAGCAAGUCAUGCACUGAAGUGUGCAAGUAAUUUUGCAAAGCGUCCCAGGCUUGAUCAGCAGAAGGAAGCAAUGCUUGGAAAGAAGCGUAGCAGGCAGACCAUGUUCCUUGAUCUGGAAGAUGUUAAACAAGCAGGCCCCUUGAAGAGUUCAACUAGGCGGCAGAACUUUCCAGCAGCUGUUACAACUCGCACUGUAAAAGACACUCAGUUGAACGUCCCAAUUGCUGACAGGAGUGGGGAAAAGCAGGUGCAGCCAUUUACUAAGGACAUGAAGUUGGUUGAUUCGUCAUGUAAUGAAGGAAGUAGUUCUGUGGAACCUAAUGGCUCUAAAUCAGAGUGUAAUGGUGAUAUGCAUGUAGGAUCUUUAAAUUUUUCCAGAAGGAUGAAUAGUUCUGCCAAUCUUGCAGCAGAGACUCCAGCACCCUCAAUAAAUAGACAGAGUUCUUGGAAUCAACCUUCAGAUCAGAGGCAAAUGCAAGCUAAGAGUUCACAGCCUCCUAUUAGGAAGCCUGCCUUGAUUGGCCAAAACUUAAUGGAUCCAAAAUUGGGAGCAAAAAAGCUUCCUUCAAAGAAGCAACCUGUUGUAACUGCCCAAUACCAUGAUACAUCAGUUGAGCGUCUUCUGCGUGAGGUGACGAAUGAGAAGUUAUGGCAUCAGUCAGAUAAAACAGAGCUACAGUGUGUUCCUGGUAGCUUUGACUCUGUGGAAGAGUAUGUUAGAGUGUUUGAACCUCUGCUUUUUGAGGAAUGUCGUGCCCAACUGAGCAGUACUUUGGAGGAGGUAACUGAAUCAGGAUCACACGUCAAAGUUUAUGUAAAAAAUGUUGAAAGACGUGAAAGAGGAUGGUAUGAUGUGAUACUUCUUCCAGAAAGUGAGUACAAAUGGACAUUCAAAGAGGGAGAUGUUGCAGUUCUUUCCACUCCUCGACCUGGAUCAGCAGUCAGAUUGCGAAGAGGCUUUGGAGUUGAUGAAGAGCCCGAGAUAAAUGGUCGUGUGGCUGGGACAGUAAGGCGGCAUAUACCUAUUGAUAAAAGGGACCCUCCUGGGGCAAUCCUCCACUUCUAUGUUGGGGAUUCUUAUGACAACAGCAAGAUUGAUGAUGACAAUAUUCUGAGGAAAUUACAACCAAGGGGCACCUGGUUUCUGACUGUGCUGGGCUCUCUUGCAACCACCCAAAGAGAGUAUGUUGCUCUGCAUGCAUUCCGCCGGCUUAAUUCACAGAUGCAAAAUGCUAUUCUCCAACCUAGUUCUGAGCAUUUCCCCAAAUAUGAGGAGCAGACACCUGCAAUGCCUGACUGCUUCACACCAAACUUUGUUGAGUACUUGCACAGGACUUUUAAUACCCCCCAGUUAGCAGCAAUCCAGUGGGCUGCAACACAUACAGCUGCUGGGACUAAUGGGAUUGCAAAGAGGCAAGACCCAUGGCCUUUCACCCUGGUACAAGGCCCCCCUGGUACAGGUAAGACACAUACUGUCUGGGGAAUGCUAAAUGUGAUACAUCUUGUUCAGUAUCAGCACUACUAUACUGCACUUCUGAAGAAAUUGGCACCUGAAAGCUAUAAGCAGAAUAAUGAGAGUAACUUGGAUAAUGUUGCCUCUGGAUCUAUUGAUGAAGUCCUCCUAAGCAUGGAUCAAAAUCUAUUUCGCACUCUCCCUAAACUUUGCCCAAAACCUAGGAUGCUUGUCUGUGCUCCUUCAAAUGCUGCUACUGAUGAGUUGCUUGCACGUGUUCUUGAUCGUGGAUUUAUUGAUGGUGAGAUGAAAGUUUAUCGUCCUGAUGUUGCCAGGGUUGGGGUGGACUCCCAGACUAGGGCUGCUCAAGCAGUUUCUGUAGAAAGAAGAACCGAACUGCUUUUAAUGAAGAGUCGUGAUGAAGUUCUUGGAUGGAUGCAUCAGUUAAGAAAUCGUGAAGCACAAUUGUCUCAGCAGAUUGCUUGCCUUCAAAGGGAGCUCAAUAUUGCAGCUGCUGCUGGUAGGGCACAAGGAUCCGUUGGUGUUGACCCUGAUGUUCUCAUGGCAAGGGACCAAAAUCGAGACUCUUUGCUGCAGAACCUUGCAGCAGUAGUUGAGAACAGAGAUAAAGUGCUUGUGGAGAUGUCUCGUCUUGUAAUUCUAGAAGGUAGGUUUCGUGUAGGUAGCAACUUCAAUAUGGAGGAAGCUCGUGCUAAUCUCGAAGCUAGCUUUGCAAAUGAAGCUGAGAUUGUUUUUACAACUGUGUCAAGUAGUGGACGGAAGUUGUUCUCUCGUCUUACUCAUGGAUUUGACAUGGUUGUCAUCGAUGAAGCUGCCCAAGCCAGUGAAGUGGGUGUUCUUCCUCCUCUCUCUCUUGGUGCAGCACGUUGUGUGUUAGUUGGGGAUCCACAGCAGCUUCCUGCAACUGUAAUCAGCAAAGCAGCUGGAACAUUGAUGUAUAGUAGAAGCCUCUUUGAGAGGUUCCAACAAGCAGGCUGCCCAACAAUGUUGUUAUCUGUGCAAUAUAGAAUGCAUCCUCAAAUUAGGGAUUUCCCUUCCAAGUAUUUUUACCAAGGUCGCCUUACUGAUAGUGAGAGUGUUGUCAAUUUGGCUGAUGAAGGAUAUUACAAGGAUCCUUUGUUGCGGCCUUACAUCUUUUAUGACAUUACACAUGGCCGUGAAUCCCAUCGAGGCGGAUCCGUCUCCUAUCAGAAUACACACGAGGCACAGUUUUGUCUUAGGUUGUAUGAGCAUCUUCAGAAAACUUGUAAAUCUUUAGGUGUUGGAAAAGUAUCUGUGGGUAUAAUUACCCCAUACAAGCUGCAACUGAAAUGCCUUCAGAGAGAAUUUGCAGGAGUCCUAAGUACAGAAGAAGGGAAAGAUAUCUACAUCAACACUGUCGAUGCAUUCCAAGGUCAAGAGCGUGAUGUCAUUAUUAUGUCUUGUGUCCGUGCAUCAAAUCAUGGAGUGGGUUUUGUUGCUGAUAUACGCCGGAUGAAUGUAGCUCUCACUCGUGCACGGAGAGCUCUUUGGGUAAUGGGAAAUGCCAAUGCACUCAUACAGUCUGAAGAUUGGGCUGCUCUUAUUGCUGAUGCUAAAACAAGAAAAUGUUAUAUGGAUAUGGAUUCUUUGCCAAAGGACUUAUUCAUGGUGAAAGGUCCUUCUCAUGCCAGAGGUUUGAGACCUGGGCCCCGACCUAGGCUGUAUGAUUCACAACUGGAUUCCAGGUCAGGGACACCUUCUGAAGAUGAUGAGAAGUCAAACACAUCACAUGGUCUAAGGAAUGGGAAUUACCGGCAGUAUAAGCCACAACUAGAGAAUUCUCUGGAUGAAUUUGAUCAAUCUGGAGAUAAACCUAGAGAUGUUUGGCAAUAUGGUUUACAUAAGAGGCAAAAUGGGCCUGGAGUUGGGAGAAGAAACUUGUAGCAAGUUUCUCAUUAUCUGAAGAAUGAAUCCCCCACCUUCCAUGCAUCAUUCAGCAUUACAAGGGACCAAAAUUGAGAUUCUCAAGAAGUGGGGUAUACGACCAUUAAAGCUGUAAAGAAAUGGGGGACUGGAAUGGAGAAUUCUUGGAAGAAAGAAGUGAACUAACAAGUGCGAAUGUUGCAUGGAGGUCUCUCCGAGAUCACAGAUUGCUGCUUGGUUGUGCAUGUGCAGGAGGUGCUAAAUGAACAUACGUGCAGACCCGCUGAGGCAAGUAUUUUGAACAUUAGGAAGUCCUGUCACUAUACAUCCAAACUCUCAACUCAACAAUGGACUUGGGAAACUAACCAAGAAACUUUUCUUUUGCUGGUUGGAUCUGGGGCAGAAAGAAAUUGUUCUGCUCAAUGGUUAUCAACAUUUCUGCCUUGAAAGUCUCCAAAUUUGAUACCUUCUUGGAUAUUAUGCCCUUGUCAACCACUGGGACUGAAGUGUCUUGGUCUCGGAGUUGCUGGUUGUUGGAGCAUCUCUCUGUACUCUCUAGUGUGUCAUGCAGAGUAUUCGAGUUCUCACUACUGGCUAGUUUGAAGGUUGGCACACUUUUCUACACCCUGUACAGAAACAUGGUGGAUUUACAGAUAUUAUUAUACUGGAAAUGUUGUUGUUGAGACUUGAGAGAUGCCCAUGCCGGACGCUCAACUUCUGUAUAUAUUCAGUUGGUCAAACAUAGAAUUCUUUCUUAGGUGCAAUUUUUAAAAUAUAUCUUCUAUAAUAUAUGUUAUAUUUUAUUAUUUAU